AAGAAGAAGCGAUGGGUUUCGUCCUAAUUUCUUCUUGUCCCCCGUCUUCCCUCGUCCCCGUCUCUCAGCUUCACCAGUUCUCCGCCGGAACCAAAAGCAAUGAAAUUUCAAUUCGUCAUCAAAUCUUUCCGACACGUAGAAGCCUAAUUUCGAAACCACGCUGCUUCAAUCUCCCUCAAGAACCUAUUCUCUCAGAGGCUCUCAAGGAGCCAAUUGCAUUUAUGGGUGGGGUGUUUGCUGGGUUACUGAGACUCGAUUUAAACGAUGAACCGCUCAAGGAGUGGGUGACGCGAACAGUUGAAGCCUCAGGUAUUACUGAAGAGGAAGUUGGUGGAGAUGGGAUGGCCUCGAAUGAAGAAGAAUCUCCUCAACAGAUUGAGAUUGAAUAAUGAGAUCUAAGUUGUUAUCUAUCGUCGUUUAAUGUGGUUGUCUUGUGUAUGUUUGUAACCUUGUGUUGUUUAUCUAAGAAGAAACAUAAAUCAAGGCUUUCAAUCUUGAGUAAUAUCUAGCUCUUAUGUGUCUUAAUGAACGUUACUCUGACAUGUCUUUAGAUUAGGAGUGAAAGUGUUUUAUUCAAUUUAGAACGUGAAGAUAUUAC